CUGGAGUUCGCUUUUUACCGAAAUAUUAACAGGUAAGUUAGCCGCCAGCGGCAUGCACACAAUCCUUGUGUUUUGUUGACCGAAUCUAGUUUAGCGUUCCACGUGACCGAAUAACUGCCCGGCCCAUUACCUAAUAUAAGGAGUCUUUCAUCUCACUCCAGGCAUCAACAUCCUUUCUUUUGCAAAUCGGGAAUAUCGUGCUGAUUAUACGAAUACCCUAGUAGGAUGCUGGCAAGAGUAUGCUCUCGAGCUAGUCAGAUGACUUGUUCUCUCAUUACACCUACUAAUGGUACUUCUAUCUUUCGUUUUCCCAGUGGCAUCCCGCCUUCCAAAAUGGAUCAGUCUCAGUCACAGCCUUCAAUGACACCGCCUCCUCCAACGUCCUCUCGACCAUUCUCCAGCAGCUCAGCUAGGCGUGACGCGAUGAAAGAGCUAACAUCGGAUCCAUUUUUGUACACGACUGGGCGAUGGUUGAAUCAAGAUGAACUACAGCGCCAAUCACGUUCAUUGAAAUUCAACUUCUCCCUUCUGUGUGAGACUGUUGCGAAAAUAUACCCUGGAGCAUCUAAAGUUAAUUCCUACGAGAAGAAAGAAGGGGGAUAUAAUCGAGUCUUCAUUUUUACCUUGGACAAUGGCAAGAAAGUUGUUGCUAAGGUCGCAACGCCUGUUGCAGGGCCCCCAAGGCUUACAACAAAUUCGGAGGUUGUAACUGUAGCAUACUUACGAUCAAAAGCUUCCCUUCCUAUACCAGAGAUACUUCUUUGGAGUGAUGACCCAUCUAACCCGGUUGGGAUUGAAUAUAUCAUGCAAGAGCACGCUGAUGGUGUUGAUUUGCAUGAACAUUGGCCUGAAAUGGAUAUAGUGCAGCACAUGCAGUGCACCAAGGAGCUCUCGCUGCGGAUUAGAGGGAUGUCAUCUCUUGAUUUCCCGGCAUAUGGAAAUUUGUACUUCGCUGAUGCACCUAUUGAAGAAAAGCUAAAAAUACCAUUCGACAAUGGCUUUUGUAUAGGGCCGUAUUGCAGCCCCCUCUUUUGGAAUUGUGGUGCUGGAGAAAGCGAUAUUUACAAGGGAUUGAAUGCUAACCGGGGUCCAUGGAGAGAUCUCAAGGAGUAUUCGGCCGGGCUAAUAGAUACUGCCCUGUCACGUCUACCCAAAGAACAACCAGCCGAUGACCGACUUCCAUUCCGUGGAACUAUCCAGGAACAUUCUGACCUGAUUGAUGCGUGUCGAAAGUCUAUGAAUAUAUUGAUUGAGGAUGGGCGAAGGAAUAUCUAUGAUUCUCCUGACGAUCUAACCAAAGUUACAGGAUUGAUUGACUGGCAACUGGCAUCGAUUGAACCUGCAUUCAUCUAUGUUCACGGAACCCCUGAUUUUGCCUCGCUCGCCGACCAGGGCUCAGCCGAAGCAGACGAGUCCGAGAAAGCGCAAUCGGAAGACGAGAGACGGCUCCAAAAGGAUCUUUCUAUAUGCCACCAAACGUAUGACGUUAUCAUGAAGGGCAAGGUACCCAAGAUGCGAGCAGCAACACGGCUUGACCCAACCUUCUUCCGCCUAUUUCACUAUUGUUUUACCACCUGGAGGGACGGUGCCCCCGCCAUUAGACAAGAGCUUCUGGACUUGCGGUCUUUAUGGUCAGAAUUGGGGCUGCCUGGAAGCUGUCCAUAUGACCCAGAUGAGGAAGAGCUGCACAGACAUGCAAAACAGUAUGAGGACUUUGAAACAAGGCAGAAACUGAAAACGUGGCUUACGAUGCAGAUGAACUCGGGAUCUGAUGGCUGGGUGCCUAAUGAGAUAUGGGAUGCUGCUCAAGAGGCGAAUAGGGCAGCGUAUGCAGAGUGGAUGGAGUCUGCAAAGGAGUUGGGAGAGGCGGAAGGGAUGACGCCUGAGAAAGCUGAUAGGCUGUGGCCCUUUGACGCAAGAUAA